ACAGUUCAAGUAUAUAUUUAUAGUUGAUACACGCAAACGCAGAACACGAUGAUAGGCCGAUCGUUAUUUUAAGGACUCAUCCAAGCCCCUACCUUUAUUGCACUAUAAUAGCUGAUGAUUGACUUCCCCCUAGCAUUUCUUUGGUGACCCUAUAAUAGCCCUGUUGACAGUGCAGAUAGUGAGUCUAGAUAUCAAUCUUUGCUUCGAUUUCAUUCAUCCGGAUUUUCUGAAACUUCUUCAAUUUGACUUAAGUUUGUUCGUGGUUGCAGAUCGAUAUACAAAGAACUAUACUACAACAAUUUAAGCAGAAUAUAAAACACAUCAGUCGAAGUAGUUCACAUUCUGCAUUAGGCACCCCAACCUUUUAAGACAUUUCUUUUCAACAUGGGGCCAGAAUCAGACUCGAGGAUCGCAUCGGCAGUUUCAGAUUUCAAGCCGGAGACAACGGUGGAACCAGAGCCAGAACCUGAGAUCACUUCCGAGCCGGAACCAGAGCCCGCCUCAGGACCUGGACUUACAUAUCAGGAUGGCGUUACUCUUAAUGAAAUGCUGGUCCCUCCAUUUGCAUUGAUGGCCUUGCUGAUCUUUGGAAUGCUUAUGCUUACGAUUUCAAGAAAUUGGAGGAGGAAACAUAAAAGAGCAAGGUAUCGGAAUAAAAUCUCUGACACUGACAAAUGCGAUGUCAUUCUCCUUAGUUCUAUGACCGUACACCAGCGUGGAGACUACUCUGAAGACUUUCUAACAUCAGAAGAAAUCGAGUCAAUGGAGGCACUAAGGCAACACCACAACAGACCCAUGUCUUUGUUUUUCAUGUCCCUGCCGGCAAUCAUCUCGCUAGCACUUGGUCCCUGUUUGUUACUGUUAAGAGCACCAGUAAUAAAUUCAUUCUGGGCUAAUGGUCUACCAAAUAUCAAUGAUGGCUUGGGCUCUUUUCUGGCACCGGCUGGUCUUGUAUAUGCAAUCACGUUUGGCUUUACCUUUCAAUGUGUAUUGGACAAGCAACGUUGUAUUUCUGCAACGCUUUCGACCGAAGUAGGACUCCUUGAGCAGAUUCUAGCAAUGACGGCAAAGAUGACAUCACUGACAACAGAAGACAGGCUUAAGAUUUAUAAAUUAGUGAAGACGGAGAUCAUUUCAAUCAUGCAACAGAUAAGUGGACGAAGAGGGACGAGUUCAAAGGAUUUCUUACAUGAAUACUCAGCUGGUCGGAUUUGGGAUGUCAUUGCUAUCUUGCAGAAGGAUACUGGGGAUAAUGACAAUUGUGACGUCAUCAUCGUAGAGAAAAUUAUAAGUAAUUUGCAGGAGUUGGCGACCUGUUCGACAAAGCGCUACAUGACCUUACAUUAUAAGGUACAUCCUUUACUGUGGAUGUUCUUAGAAAUUCUGGGCUUCUUCUCGUACUUCGGUGUCAUGCUUAUUGUGUCCGAGUCCAGUCGGAUGGACCUCACGAUGUGUCACAUGACAGUAUUCUCAAUCAGUCUACUUUGUUACGUCAUCGGGGAUCUCGAUCAUCCUUUUAGUGGCUAUUUCAGGAUCAAUUUAAGUCCUCUCUGGCAUCUUGUUGGUAAGAGCGAAUAUUUCUACCGCGAAGAGCAGUGUAAAGAUUCGAACUGUGCUCAGACACCCCGUUCCAGAUCCCUCUCCACCGCGACGUCCAUCAAGAGAGACACUUCUUCCUCGCCUAGCUUGAAGUCCAGACAGACAUUAUGAAAAUAAAUAAUGCAACAAUUUCAAGACUUUUGUUGACUUUACCAAAUUAAAGCAUCAAAAUGCUGCAUAUUAUAAUAUUUGAUUAUAAUCUUUCAUUUUAACUCAUUAAUGUACCAUUCUAUAAAACAUUAAUGUUCCAUUCUAUAAAACAUUAAUGUUUCAUUCUGAUAAAAUAUUAAUGUUUCAUUCUGAUAGUAGUUCUUUUCAAAUACAUUACUAUUUUGGUGUGCUAUGUGUUUUGACAUUUCAUACUACUGAACUAGAUUUACCAUCCUUUCUCUAUUCCUAAUUUUGCUAUCGUCAUCAUCUUAAUUAUUUUUCUAUUAAUUAGUAUUUCAAUCAUCAUCAUCAUCACCAUUAUCGCUGCAGUUGUUACUGUUGUUGUUAUUGCUACCAAUAUGACAAUAAUUAUCAUCAUCAUUGGUGAUGUUAGAACUGUUAUAAGCAUCAUUAUUAUUAUAUUUUUUAUGUUCACGAUACACGAUGCAGAGGUAGGAGUGGUAUUGGCAAUUAUCAAAUAGUCCUUAUAUAGCGGUAAUCUUGCUGUAAAUAUUUGCUUUGAUAUUCAUAUUUAGUUCAGUAAAUGAAAUAAUCUUUAAGUUUGAAAAGUAAAACUUAAAUUGUUGUUGUUGUUAUCAUUAUCAAUAUUUUCAUUAAAAUCAUUAUUGAUUUUAGCAUUGUGUCAUUCAUUCAUUCGUUUAUUUCCACAUUAAAAGAAAUCAAUUCUUUAUUGUUCGAAAUAAACGAAAUAAAAAUCCG